AUGACAGAAUCUCUGACCCGUCUUCAUAUCUCGCCUCUCACGCCAGCCUUGCUGGAUUCUGUUCUCAAUCCAUCAAUCCGCUCUCUAGCGACCGAGAUUUCCUUCCACAAUAUAGCUACCUUCCCAGAAAACGAUUACGGCUUCGUCACCCUACCUACCAUGGAAGCAGAUAAGCUCAAGAGAAAGCUCAAUGGGUCUAUCCUAAAAGGCAAAAAAUUCAAAGUUGAAGCGGCUCGAGAAGAUCCAAAAAAGAAAAAGGCGACGAAAAUCGAGAAGGAUGCGUCUUCCAAGCCGACAAAGACAUCAUCAAAAAGAAAGGCGGAGGACGCAGAGAACAGUGUACUCGAUGGGUAUGAGCUACCAGCCGACCGACGUGUGAAACGUGGAUGGACCGAGCCCGCGAGCGCCAAGAGGUUGAAGAAACAGAAAAAGGCCGACAAAGACGCCUCCGAGACCAAGUUACAACCCAAGUCCAAAUACACAGAGAAAGCAGAAUGUUUGUUCAAGACGAAGGUGCCGCCGAACAAGAUGUCUGAGGCAGCUUCGAAAAAGGCCAAGUCUAAAAAGUCCAGUGCGCCAAACGAAGUGGUAGUCCAUGAAUUCGCGAAGACGCACACGCAUCCUACUUUCCUGAAAUCCAGCGUCAGUGGGAAGACGAUCACUGCAAAAUUCGAAGAAGGGAAAGGUUGGAUGGAUGAAGCGGGCAAUUUGCUUGAGGAGACAGGUAGCAAAAAGUCUAAGACUGCCGACUAUUUCCCAGGCAAGAAAGACGGCGCUAAGGAACGUCCUCUUUUGAAGGCAAAGUUGCGAAAAGUAGCCGUCAAAGAGAAAAAGAAGUCUUCUUCUGAUGUAAUGACUUCGUCUGAAGAGGAAGACGAGGAACUGGACUGGACCUCGUCUAGUGGGUCAUCAGAGAGUGAAAAUAGCGCGUCUGACAAUGAGUCUGACAGCAAGUUCGAAGACUCACCAAGCAGCGACGCCUCCUCAAUCAGUGAUGAAAUGGAGGAGGCCACAAGUACUACACAAGCGACAAUUAAAGACAAAGCCAAUCAAAACUUGAAGCAAGAUGAAGACGACUCUACCAGCGAAAGCAACAGUGACCAGGAAGACAACUCCCAGGUUGACAACGGGACCAAGUCGUCAGACAUUGAGACGACAACAGAGAAUAAAGAGGUCCAUCCUCUAGAAGCCCUUUUCAAGCGUACACAAACAGAGAAGAAUAUUCCAGAAUCGCCGAAACCGACAUUUUCUUUCUUUACCGAAAACGACGACGAUAUUGAAGGAGAAGAAGAGGAGGAGGAAGAGGAAGGAGCCGCACCUGUACCUCUGGAGCCAUUGACUCCAUUUUCCAAGCAAGACCGCCAAAUCAGAAAUUUGAGAAGUGGUGCGCCCACACCGGAUACUGCAGUGUUCAAUCGACGCAAGCUUCUACUAUCAGAAGGUGAUAUCGAUAACGAUGAAGAUGAGGAUAUGAACACAGAUGAUGAUUAUGACCACACUCGAUCAUUAGCACAAGAAACUCCUUCGAAACAAAGAACAGAGGCAACUCCCCAAAGACAACCAGAGGAAAGUGACUUUGUGAAAUGGUUCUGGGAGAACCGUGGAGACAACAAUAGAGCUUGGAAACGGAGGAGACGUGAGGCUGCAAAGGAAAAGAGACAACGCGAGAAUCGGCGCAAGGGGCUGAAGGGUCGUGGUUAG